AUGGUUAGAAUGGUCCAAUAUCUAAAUUCUUUAGUCACUACAAGUAAUCUAGGGAUAGAUGCAUCUGUACCUGAUAGUCAUCCUUGUCAGAAGCAUGAUGAUGAACUACAAGAUGACCUGCAAGAUUAUAUAGAGUUAAUUAAUAAAUUGCAGCAUCAUACAAGAUGUAGUUCAUCAUACUGUCUUCAUAUUAAUCAUGCAGAUGAGCAAUAUUGUCAAUUUGGCUAUUCAAAAGAAAUUGUAGAACAUAUCUUUAUAUGUAAUAAUGGAUGGCAUGCUAAUGUUGAUUUGAAACCAGUUCUUAGCACCUAUGCAGCUCUUCAGUACAUCUCUAAAUAUGCAAGCAAAUCUGAGCUGCAUUCCGAAGCUUUUUCAAAGAUAUUAAAUCAAAUUCUCUGCAACAGCAACUCUAAUGAUUCAUUACUUGCUAUAUUUCAGAGAUUACUUCUUCAUACUGUUGCAGAGCAUGAUAUCUCUGCACAAGAAACUUGCCACCUUCUACUUGGCAUUCCACUCUACUAUUCUAGUUAUCAGUUUGUAUCAUUAAAUUUCAAUAAAAAUGCUUCACGAGUGCUUUGUAGUGCUGGAAAUAAGGAUGAAUUUUCAAUAAAUAACAAUAUUGGAAAAACAUUUUUAAUAGUAGAUGGAGCAAAUGUAAAAGUGAAAACAUCAUAUGCAUUUGGCUAUAACCUUUAUCUUAGCACAAUAGUCCUCAAUGUGAAGAAUUUUGUGCCUAAAAGUUCUUCUUCAUGCCCCCCUAUAUAUAAUAUAGAAGAUGAAUUUAAUGACAAGGAAGAUGAACAAAGACGUCAUUCCAAUCUCAAUAUCGAAGAUGUGUUGACUUCUUUGCAGCGAGCACAUUAUAUUGCUGCAACUGUAGAUCAUAAUAACAUCGAACCUCUUAGAAUUAUCAUUAUAGGAACUGCAGAAACUAGAAAAUCUUAUUUAAUCAAAGCAGUUGUAGCUCGGCUUAAUGUAUUGGCAAAAAAUCAUGGUGUUAAGAACAAAUUAUCUGUACUUCUGCUUGUGCCAACUGAAGUUGCAGCAUACAACAUUCAUAGAAUGACAAUUUAUUCAGCACUCUUCAUUCCAGUAAAUUGCACUAAUUUUGAUCUAAAUAGUGAAUGUCUAAAACAAUUACAAAAUAAGUUACAAGAUGUAAAAUAUUUUAUCAUUGAUGAAAAAAGCAUGUCUGUCAUUCUAAUCAGUGAUUUUGGACAACUUCUACCAGUUCUUAAUGAUCCUAUAUAUAUAUCAACCCUUCAACAUAAUUCACUAUCAAAUAAUGGCAUUAUUGUAUACAAACAAUUUUUAGAGACACUUACUACAUGGCUCACUAAUUUGUCUAGAGUAGAUAAUAGUGAAUUUUUAGAUGCAACACAUAUUCUACCUAGAAAAACUGAUAUAGAUAAGGUUAAUUUUAAUAAACUAAAAGCAUUAAACUGUUUCGUUGCCAAAAUCAAUGCUCACCAUGCAAUGGGUGGCUGUGAAGCAUCUAAAGCUGAUUCUAAUACAGCAAAAGGUCUUGAGCCUUACCUGUUGUUGGCUCGAAAUGCAUAUAAAGCUCCUUCUUGUCUUUCAAGUGUACUUCUUGUUAAAUUUGAAGAUUAUAGUGGUCCUCUUAUUAUAAUUAUAGAAGACAAGAGAUUAGCAAUUAUGAUACAUAAAAGCCAAGGAUUAAUGCUUGCAAAGAGUAAAAUAGAUCUUGGGAAAAGAGAAUAUGCAGCUGGACUCUCAUUUGUGGCAGUGUCCUGA